AUGGUUUACCUCUUAGACCAGCAGCAGAUUGUCUUCUACGUCCUCACCCUCAAGUUGAGGGAAACCAUCGAGGCUAAUCUCUGCAUACCCCAGGCAAACCCGAUAGCCAGGCCUAUUCCCCUCGGCUUGUACAAGUACAAUUCUGCGUUCAAACCCCUUCUCAAGUCUCAGCCGCUGCCACUGUUGCAGCCUCCUCCUCCGCCACCGCCACCGCCGCCGUUUGACUCCCCAAGGAUCAUCUCGAAAUUCCUCGAAAAGAUCAACCAAGCCCGACAAGACGAGGCUUCCUCCCACUGGGAGACCCAAUCCAUCUAUCGUGUCCCCAAAUCCCUCCGUGACGUUGAUAAGACCGCAUACACCCCUAAGAUCGUCUCCAUCGGCCCCUACCACCGCGGACGCCGCCGCUUACGCACCAUGGAUUGUCACAAAUGGCGCUCCCUUUACCACGCUCUCGACCGAACUGGACACGACGUCCACCUUUACCUCGACGCCGCCCGCUUCCUCGAAGACCGUGCCCGUUCCUGCUACGUGGCUCCUAUCUCCAUGUCCUCUGAUGACUUCGUUGAAACUCUCGUCGUCGACUCCAUAUUCUCCCUCGAGCUCUUCCGCGGAGUUGCCCGUGAGGGCUUCGAAGGUCUCAAAUACUCCCCCAACGACCCCGUCUUCACCGACCACGACAUCAUGCACUCGCUCCAGCACGACAUGAUAAUGCUCGAGAAUCAGCUCCCUCUCUUUGUCCUCGACUGGAUCCUUGCCCUCCAGGAUGGCUGCGAGCCUUCUCGCUCAUACCGCGUCGCUCCCCUCGCACUCUGCUUCUUCAAUCCCCUUAUGCCCACCGACGAACCCCUCCCUCCCACUGCAUCUUCUGAUCCUCUCUACGAAGCCGGCAGCAGCGGCGGAGCCCUACAUUGCCUCGACGUCUUCUGCCGCAGCCUCUUCCCAUGCCCCACGCCAGCUUCUAUUCCAAGGCUGACCUGCCGUGGCAAGCAAUCCGCACGCUCCUUUGCCGCCGCUUGCCCAACGCCCUUCUCCGAGGCUUGGUGGCUUCCAAUCCCAGACAAGCGGCGUCAGCAGCUCAUUCACUGCGUUGCUGAUCUCCGUGACGCCGGCAUCAAAUUCCGUCGCCGGACAGGCGUCCAGUUUUGGGACAUUAAGUUCAAGGAUGGCGUCCUAUACAUCCCUCGCCUUUUUAUCCACGACGGGACCAAAUCCCUCUUCCUUAAUCUCAUAGCCUUCGAGCAGUGCCAUUUGGAGUGCGGCAAUCACAUAACCUCAUACCUUACCUUUAUGGAUAACCUCAUUAACUCGGAGGUGGAUGUGAGAUACUUGCAUGACAAUGAAAUUAUUGAAAAUUGGCUCGCGAGCGAUGGGGAGGUGGCCGAUAUGUUUAACUUGCUUUGCCAGGAGGUGGUGUUGGACCGCCAUGAUUGCUACUUGUCGGAGCUAUCGCAUGAGGUGAAUCGCUACUAUAACAGUAAAUGGAAUACUUGGAGAGCCAGCUUUAACCAUAAGUAUUUUAGCAAUCCAUGGGCUUUCAUCUCUUUGAUAGCUGUUGUUGUCCUGCUUUUGCUGACUGCAACACAGACGUUCUAUACUGUUUAUGCCUAUUACAAGCCAAAGUAG